AUGGGUUAUGUAAUAUACGACUACGUGGUGCAGAACCCCCUGACCCCAGAUUCCUGGGACAUGCCCAUCCUCUGCACGGCGGCAUCCCUGGUGGGCGUGCUGUCGUGCUGGCUGUCACACAAAUUCAAACUGGAUCAGUCCAUGCGGCUGUUCGUCAUCACGUUUGUCCUCGUCACGUUUGGUGCGCACCCCCAGCGGGGCGCGAGCAUGGUGGCGCUGCUGCGCACGAGCGGCAUCAUCAUCGGGGUCUUCGUCAUCAUGUCGCUGACUGUGUUGGUGCUCCCAAAAUCAGCCUGCAUAGGGGCCCUCAGGGAGUCGCGCACACUCAUCAACUUGCUGGUUGAGCUGAACGCCACAGUCGCCACCGCCGCGCGCCACCGCGCCGCCGCGCACAAGGCUGCCGGCGGCAAGCCGCCGAGCCGCGGCGCGGCGCCUUGCGACGCAGCCGGCGAACAGAGCGAGGCGGGGCCGACCUUGCUGCAGCAGAAGCAGCAGAAGGCGGCGGCGGCGCCGCCUGCCGCGAAGCUGCCCGCGGCCGCGGCGCCGGUGGUGGCGCGGCCGGCGGCGGCGGCGGGGUGGGCGAGGGGUGGCUACAUGCCGCUGCCCGACGCUGAUGUGGAAGACCCGGUCGCCGGCUCCGGGCCGGCGGAUGCAGCCGCCGCCGUGGCCGUCGCGCGGGCCGCCUCAUCUGGGCGCGCUGCCUCGCCUUGGAAGCCGGCCGCCGCGGGCCGACGGCCGGCGGCGGCGGGUUCCGCAGGGGAGCUUCGAAACCAGGGGCUGCGGAAUGGGGGUUGCGGGCCCGGCGGGGGCGCGGCCGAUGAUAUGGGAUGCGAGGAGGAUCACGAGGCGCAUUAUGAGAAAACACUUGCAGAUGUCUACACGUGUGUGUUCAAGCUAAAGGAGUUGUUGGAUCUCAGCCAAAACGAGCUCUACCUGCACCACUGCUGGGGCCACCACCUGGUCCUGCCGCUGUUCAUGGGCCGCACCCUCUGCGCCUGCCUGGCCGGGGCGUCCCAGUGGCGGCCGCCGCUGCAGGGGCUUGAGGCCCUGAGCACCAGCGUGCGGAGGUUUGCGCGGCUGCUGUACACGCUGCACUUGUCGUACGAGGACGUGCUGUCCUCGGAGUUCACCCUGGCCCAGCAGCUGCGCCUGGCGCCCGACACCUUUGCCGCGAUCGCCGCCCACCUUGACGGCGCCCUGAGGGCGGUCGCGGACGCGUACCCCUCAAAACGCCACAUAUGCGUCGACGAGCUGCGCGCUUUCUCGAGCUCGGUGGACGGACUUCUCGACAUCUCGACCGCCGGGCGCGACGCGGUCGUUGAGGAGCUGACGCGCGCGCGCCCCAAGCCCAAGCGCCCGAUGCGGGAGCUCCAGGAGCACGCCGCUCGCGCCGCCUCCCUCACCCUCGGGCCCGCGGGCGGCCUCGACGGCUUGCUGGGCUCGCCGGCCGGCCCGCGGGACGCGCCGGGGACGUUUGUGACAAAGGAUGGUAGUUGCCUGCCCCGGACUGUCCAAACGUGGCUGCAGCCAGGGCUGCUGUCGGGCGCCGGCGGCGGCGGCGGCGACGGGGGCGGCGGCGCGGCGGCGGAGGCGCGGGUGACGCAGCAGUGGCGGAUGGCGGCGGCGCGCGCGUCGGACAGACCCGUGCAGGUGUCGCUGCUUAGCGCCGUCCUGCGGCGCAACAAGCUGGCCCCGGGCAACGGCGGCGGCGCCAGCGGCGGCGGCGCACCAGCAGCGGCCGCCUUGCCCCUCGACCCCGCCGCGCCGCCGUCGCUCGAGCUCGCGAGCGCACUCUCCGCACCGCCCAGCGGCCAGGACCCUUUCUUAGCCUCCUCUGCCCCAGCCGAGAGCGCAGCAGCUGCGGCGGCCGCGGCCGCGGCCGCCGCGGCGGCGGCCUCCGGCGCGUCGCCCGCGCUGGGGGUGCGCGCAGCCGCGGCCAGCCCCUCCGCGGCAGAGGUGACGUGGCACGACGGGGCGGCCUCUUCGCCCGACGACCCCGCCCGGGCGCUAUCCAUGCCGGCUGGCAGCGCAGAGGCCGGUGGCGCGUGGAUGCUCCUCGCCGCCGAGCAGCUCCAGCGGCGGCAGCGGCAGCGACAGGAGGAGCGGCGGCGCGCGGACGACCGGGAGGCGAGCAGGCGGGCAGAGGCGGAGGAGCGGCAGCUGGAGAGUCGGCGGGCGGCGGCCGCGUCAUCGGCGGCGGCCGCGGCGGCUCUGACUUCUGAGGUGCGGUUCUACAGCGUCCAAUUGGUGCUGGAGGAGAUGGUUGAGGAGCUGGAGGAGCUGUAUUUGGCCGCCAGCAGGUAG